AUGAAAGUAUUGUUCAUGUAUAGCGUUGUAGCAGGAUACUAUUUGUUUGUUGCAGAACCAUACAGCUGUAUUGGAAUCCGUGCAUGCUCGUCCCUACAGGAACCAUCUCGACGUCUUGAUCUCCAUAACAGUCAUAUUUCCGCCCUUCCUUCUAAUGUUUUCGAUGGACUUGUUGAUCUUGUUUUUCUCGACCUAUCCUACAAUAACAUUUCAAUUUUACGUCCAGAUGUUUUCAAUGGACUAUUAAGUCUUACUCAUAUAAAUCUGUCCUUUAAUAACAUUAGCUCUCUCUCCUAUAAGGCGUUCAGGGGAUUGACGAACCUUACUCAUCUUAACCUGAACAGAAAUAAUAUCGGCUUUCUUCCUCAAAAUGUGUUCAAAGGACUGUUGAAUCUUGCUGCUCUCAACUUGCAUGAUAAUGAGAUAGCUGAUCUUCCAUAUAAAGUAUUUGAUGAUGUUUCCUCACUAACUUAUCUCUACCUCGGUUUGAACAACAUACCAACCAUUCGAUCCAUGGUGUUCAAGGAACUAUCUGAACUGACUUAUCUCGACUUGUCCGAAAAUAAGAUAACAAUUCUGAAUCAAAAUGCGUUCAGAGGACUGUCGAAUCUUUCUACUCUCUACCUGGAUGGCAACGAAGUAACGAAUCUUCAAAACAACGUGUUUGAUGAGCUUUCCUCUCUAGAUACUCUCACCUUGGACAGAAAUAAGUUAGCAAGUCUCCCGGAUAAUAUAUUUCGUGAAGUUUCUAAACUUACUCUCCUUCAACUUGCUUAUAAUAACUUAGUAACUUUCCCAUCUGAUGUGUUCAAUGGUUUGUCUGAACUAAGAUAUCUUUUUCUUAACAACAAUGAUAUCACGGUUCUGCCACACAAUGUCUUCGGAGAACUACCUAAUCUUACAUAUCUCGACUUGUCCGAUAAUAAGAUAGUGAUAAUACCAAUUAAUCUAUUUAUGGGACUGUCUAAGCUUAUUUUCCUAUACAUGCACCAUAACAAAAUCGAUAACCUCUCCUACGGUGUAUUUUCUAGAAUGGGUGUAGAUGGCAAACGAUAUAACUGGGACAAUAAGUCCACAGUUGAAUCUGCUCCGCCUAACAACAUUCAAAAUCUGGACAUAUCCUACAAUAGAUUGACACAUUUACCACGUUUACCGGAUAACCUUUCACAUCUAAACAUCAUCGGUAACAAUAUAGAUGUGACAGAACGUAUGUUUGAGGAUUUGGAUAAUCUGAAGAUGUUGUUCACUGAUAUCCCCUUUAUGUGUUGUGUUAAGCCACCUUCAGUUGAUGACAAUAACUGCUUUAAAACAAAGUAUUCAUUAUUGCAAUGCAGGAAUUAUCCGGAUCAUUGUAAACCAGAAAAUGAUGCGAUAUCAUCUUGUUUUGCCCUGAUAGGUUCGACAUUACAAAAAGUUUGUCUUUGGAUAAUAGGAAUGUGUUCUUUAAUUGGAAACUUAGCCGUAAUAGUGUAUAGACUUCACAUCGACAAAGAUAAUAUUACAACGAACUAUUCGCUCUUCACUGUGAAUUUAGCCAUGUCUGAUUUACUUAUGGGUGUUUAUCUAUUCAUAAUAGGAGUUAUUGAUGUUUAUUACGAUGGUGUAUACGCCUGGAACAACAAUAGAUGGAGGAACAGCGUUUUGUGUACAACAGCAGGUAUCUUGUCGAGUGUGUCAAGUGAGAUGUCGACAUUCCUGAUAUUAAUGGUUACCAUUGACAGAUUAAUUGCCAUCAUGUUCCCUCUGUCCCGUCUCUCUCGGUGGAGAAAUUCCCAUAAACUGUCAUUACUUGUGUUAGUUUCCUUAUGGAUAGUUUCAAUCAUUCUUGCAACCAUCCCUAUUGUAGCUAGUCAGUCUUACUUCAAAGGGGAAUUCUACUCUCAGUCGAGUGUUUGUCUUGGCCUUCCUCUCACAGCAGAGCAGCGACCAGGCACUGAGUAUUCAUUCGCUGUAUUUGUAUGCCUCAACAGCGCCGUUUUUACCGUAAUAGUCGUAGGUCAAAUUUGUAUCUGGAAAGGCAUGAGGGAGAGUCGACGACGCAUUUCAUCAUCACAGAAUCGAGAACGAGAGACGGCUGUUGCAAGGACUCUUUUCUUCGUAGUAGCGACAGACUUUUGUUGUUGGUUUCCCAUUGGUGUCAUGGGAGUUGCAUCAAUGUGUGGGGUAGAAAUCCCGAAUGGAGUGUAUGCCUGGGUGAUGGUGUUCGUGUUGCCUAUCAAUGCCGCCAUCAAUCCGUUUCUGUACACUGCCACAGCUGUGUGGAGGAAACGACAAAGGAUGUUAAAAUCGAUGACAUCAUCGGCACGACAAGGGCGUCUGCUGGCUGCCAAUAUCAAUAUUCAGACGUCAGUCGGCAGAGAUGCUGUGAAUAGUACUGAUAUUCAGACAACGUCAGUCGGCAGAGAUGUUGUGGAUAGUACUGAUAUUCAGACAACGUCAGUCGGCAGAGAUGUUGUGGAUAGUACUGAUAUUCAGACAACGUCAGUCGGCAGAGAUGUGGCCAGUACCGAUAUUCAGACAACGCCAGUCGGCAGAGAUGUUGUGGAUAGUACCGAUAUUCAGACAGCGCCAGUCGGCAGAGAUGUUGUGGCCAGUACCGAUAUUAAAACAACGCCAGUCGGCAGAGAUGUUGUGACCAGUACUGAUAUUCAGACAACGCCAGUCGGUAGAGAUGCUUUGGAUAGUACUGAUAUUCAGACAACGCCAGUCGGCAGAGAUGUUCUGACUAGUUCUAAUGCUCAAACAACGUCAGUCGACAGCGAAACUGCGACAGAAAACACUCAUCGAUAG